AUGGCUCGCAAUGUGGAGAGCGCGGUCGAGGCGGCCAGCCAUUAUGACCCGGAGAAAAAUGCCGAAUGUGAUGAUUACUGCUUCUCGGAAACAACUCCCACCUACAUUAGACACGAAUUCGUCAGGAAGGUGUUCGGCAUUGUCACCAUCCAACUCGCUGCUACUUUCGGGUUUCUGCUUACUGCGCUUUUUGUCGAGCGCAUGAAUGACUUCUUCAAGGAGCGCUACUAUAUCGGGAUUGUGGCAAUAGUCGUCUUCAUAUUCGCCUCACUUGUAAUUUCGUGUAAACGCUCCUUGGCCCGUAACAAAACUGUUGGGAUUGGGGUGCUGUUUAUGAUGACAGGAUGCAUGAUGCUUUAUGUCACGUGCUUCGCCGUGCACUAUGCGAUCUUCCAGGUCACGGUAGCAGCGGGAUUGACAGCUGGUUUGACGCUGGUUGUUACUAUUUUUGCUAUGCAAACGAAGUAUGAUUUUACAGGGUACAUGUUGCACAUAUUCUGCUUUGCCAUCGUCCUGUUUGCCACCGGCAUCCUCAUAGCCUUCUUCCCUAACCGGAUUCUGCACCUUAUAUACUCAGCAAUUGGAGCUACGCUUGUGUGUGUCUAUUUGGUUGUAGACAUACAGCUAGCCGUUGGUGGUAAGAAGUACGAGUGGACGAUUGACGACUACGUCAUCGCCGCAAUCUCCAUCUACGUUGACGUCGUGUCUCUCUUCAUUCACCUGCUCGGAAUUGUGGCUAGUUCCACAAACUGA